GAAGUGUUUGUGUGUUUGCAGCGUGUGCUGUGCUGCGUUGAAUCAUGGCUGCCUCUGCAGAUAACAAUAACAACCGAACCAUCAGGCAGCAGAAAUGCAGCGAGCAGACGCCCGCACUGGACAGAGAGAUCAUUAAACCCUCCAUAACUGAACUGACCAAAGAAGUGCGCACCAACAUCCUCUGCACUGUGGAAGGAUGCGGGAAGAUUCUGCCCAACACUCCAGCACUCAACAUGCAUCUGGUCAAGUCUCACAGAGUCAAGGAGGGUCUGGUCAACCCUACAAUCAGGAAGGACAUAAAGGAUUCACAGAAGCUCUAUUGUUGCCCAAUAGAGGGAUGCCCAAGAGGACCAAACAGACCCUUUUCUCAAUUUUCACUUGUUAAACAGCACUUUAUGAAGAUGCAUGCUGAGAAGAAGCACAAAUGUUUGAAGUGCAGUAAUAGCUACAGCACAGAGUGGGACCUGCGGAGGCAUGCUGAAGAUUGUGGGAGGACAUAUAGCUGUACAUGUGGUUGUCCUUAUGCCAGUAGAGCAGCACUGCUGUCUCAUAUCUACAGGAUGGGCCACGAGGUUCCCAAGGAGCACAGGUACACGGUGUAUCCACCUGUAAAAAAGAGGAAAAUGGAAAGAUUGUCAAGCAGUGCAACAAACGCUAUACCCAUCAAACAAACAUAUGAAACACCAGAUACUAAGAAAAAGCUCACUGAGAGAAUGGUUCCAAUCGAGACAGUCUCUCUAGCCCCAGACACAGCACAACACAACACUAACCACCCUAGAAACAUCCAGAAGCUCCUGCUUCCCAAGCCCAAAGUGGCCCUAGUCAACUUCCCUGUCAUGCAGCUCGCCCACCUGCCCGUCCUCCUCCCCUCCACAGAAAGCAGUGCCUUGAGGUCCUUGGUCUUGGCUAUAGAUGCACAAGGGUCCAUAAGCACUGUGCAACUUUUACAACCGUCAGUUGGUGCGGUGGUGCCUGAUCUGAACACUAAAACAGUGACUUUCAGAGAUACAUUCCCUGUAACUAGAUCAGGCCCAGAAACCAUUAGCACAGGAGUACAGGUCAAUCUUGAGAACUUUGCCGAUCCAAUGAUUGAUAUUGGAUCCAGAAGCAAAAGCACUUCAACAAACAUUCAAACCAACAUCUCAUACCUCAACAGGGGUUCAGAUGCCGGUCCAGUGACUGUUCCCACCAACUGUGAGGUCUCAGUGUCUUCUUGCUCUCAGACAGACAUCAGUGUAAGCGCUCAGAUUCAGCUGCCCAUCAGCGUGCAAACCCAGACCGUACCCUCACGAAUCAGAGCCACAUCUUCCUUUGGGGCACAGACAGAUUUGUUCAGUUUCUCGUCCUUUAAUGUGACUCGAGAAACACAGACAAGUUGUUCUGUGGUAGCCCCAGUGGAUAAAAGCCAGAUGGACCAAGCAAUGUGUACAGAUAUCUUCGAUACUGAUACACUCAGCGUCUCCACUCAGACUGCAAUGACUGAUGCGUCUUUCAGAAACAGUGGUUUAGAAGAUCCCCUGACCAGCACUGGAUCUGGCCUCUUUGAGGACAAGGCUGCCGCAUCCAUGUGUUUUGGGGCCCAGACUGACCUUUUACACCAAAACCCAGUAGCAGACAACCAAACUCAGACCAUGAUACUUUUCCGAGACCUGGAGAAAAUACUGUCGGACAGCAUGGCCGGGGCAGCUUCCAGCUGCACUUCAGGUUUAGUUCCUGUGCACGAACCACAUCACACUGGCAUUGAUUUUGAUUUCGAGGAGUUCCUUAAUGCAACGCACAUUCAGACCCAAACGGAAGAAAGCAGCCUGAACGGCCUGAAUUCAGAGACGACAUUGGAACUCCUAGACAUCGAGACACAGACUGACUUUCUGCUCUUCGAUAACCUUGGUGAUGGACACAAUAGCGACGUGGGAACAAGGGUGCAACCAAAUGAUCUUGAGCUCGAGAUGUUCGACACCCAGACCCAGACCGACCUCAACUUCCUGCUUGACACAAGCGGGCACAUGCCCCUCGGCAGUAUCCUCAGACAGUCUAGUUUCAGCAUGAGCACCGAGUCCUCAGACACAGAGACGCAGACUGACAUCAGACCUACACCGCUGCCUCUGCCCUGCACCCAUGAUGGUCAGGUCCAGCUCAGCAGUGCCGAAACCCAGACCGUCUCCAGUUCCUUUCACAGCCUAGGCCACCUCUUCCACACGAGCAAUGAGACCCAGACAGCGGUGGAUGACUUUCUAUCAGCGGAUUUGGCCUGGAACAUGGACUCUCACUUUAGCUCUGUGGAAACCCAAACGUGUGAGGAGCUCAUCGCGCUAUUUCCACACGCUGAGAAACCCAAUAGCUGAGGGCUCUGUCAAGGUGGCAGUUGCAAUUAGGGCAGUGUAAUGGAGUCAUUCCUGGUAUCUCGCUCGGCAAGGGUGGCAGAGUUCAAAAAUGGCCCUCAUCAUCUAGAGCACAUUCUGUCAGAUGAUAAUGCCGCAUGCUCAUAAAAAUGUAGAAUCUCAGACAUCAUUCCAUAAUAAGGUAAAGCUUAUCUGCCCAGAUUUAAAGAUAUAUAGAAGAUAGACAUUUAUAGCACUUUAUCACCUCAAUGUCAUUAUUUUACUGCUCUAGUUUUAUUUUCAUUUCAAUUAAUGUUCAUCUUAUUUUAGUGAUCCUUAAAGUAUUUUGUUUGAUACAGUAGGUCAGGGCCGAGGCUCUCGUGGGCGUGUGCUGAAUACUGAUGUUACUACUAUUUUUUUUUGUGUGUGUGUGAAAUUCAAUAAGCUGGAUAGAGAUAAACAUGAAUUACAUAAUUUUAUUAAAAAGCUUUGUUUGGCAUACUUUCUAGUCUGCUGUUGUUUAGAUAACUGGAGUCUUUCUGCAUGUUUUUUUUAUUUAUUUUUUUGCCUUGGACUGGUCAUUUGCUUUGUGGUGUAAAGCAGACUUAUAUGAUGUUUAUUAGUGCAAUGCUCUAGACCCACCUAAUUCUUGUCACUGUGAGAAAAUCCUGGUUUAUUACCAAAUCCAUGCAGAUAUUUCUUGUAGACUGUUAUGGCAAAAUAACUUUAAAAAUUCUAUAUAUUAAACCAGUUGAACUCACUUUUUAAAGGAAUAGUUCACCCAAAAAUGAUCAUUCUCUCAUCAUUUUCUCCCCCUCGUGCCAUCUCAAAAUCAUAUGACAUCCUUUAAAAAUAUCUUUGUUUGCAUUUGUGAAAGAAAAUCAUAAAGACAGCAUGAGGGUGAGUAAAUUAUGAGAGGAUUAGCCUUUUUGGGUGAACUAUUCCUUUAACUUUUGCACACUUAUGCAUGUUUCAGAUGUUACAUUUCCUUGAAAACCAGAGCUGAGGCAUUGCUUUUAUUUACUAUGAUUUACAUUUCUGCACUGUGAGUGGUAGAUGAAAAUAUGCAAACCACAAAAGUUUACAGUGAAAUAAAUAUUUAAUAUUUCUUUGAAAGCAUGUAUUAAUUUUCAUAUUAAAUGUAUUUAGCCACCUUUAUGCAUUUAAUUUUCAGUUACUCAUAUAACGCUUUUUGUUGGUGCCUUCAGUAACAAGUAACCAUGCUUUUCUUGAAAUAUAAUUCCUGAUGCUGCUUAAUGGAGGAGUAGCAGAAUUGCUUUCCUUUUAUUGGUGUUUUGUUAGGAUAUUUGUGCGUUUAUAUGUGUAUGCUUCUUUUGAAUGUUUCAUCUGUAAGUGUGACAGCUCAUUCACUACUUAUUGGCCUUACUGCACAAAAUAUAAAAGCCAACCAUAGCCUCAUUUUCAUUCAGUGUAUAUGAAACAUUAAUUGUAUGUUAUGCAGUGUUUUAGCUCAAAUUUCCCUUCAUUUGUACUCUAGUACUCUAUAUAGUGGAAUUUCGACAACAAGUAGAAUGUAAGUGACGCUGUGUCUUUUCACUGUACAAUAUUGAGUUGGCUGCUUCUCAGCAUUGUAACCGCUAAAGAGUUAUUAGUGUUUUCAUGCUUAAACUCUAGGGACUCUCAUAUUCAGCCACUACAAAUUAAAAUGUAUAAUUUAGAUCUGAAAUUAGAUCUUGCAAAUUAAUACAUGAUCAUUAUAUUUAGGUAAUGUACUAAUAUCAUAGUAAAAGCAAUUGCUAUAGAAAACUUGAAAGAGUCCAGCUAAGCUCAAGUGUUUCUCUGUUAAGAGUGCAUGCAGUUUUUUUCAUGCCAAGAAUAUAUUUUGAGUUGCUUUUAUUUUAUUUUGCCAUUAUCAACGUAUGUGUCUUAUGUAACUUGGUAUGAGACAUUAUUUAUAAUUAUGUAUAUUAUUAAUGCUAUGGUUUGAGAUGAUUCUGUAAAUUGUUUAGGGGCUGGCCGUGUGUAUCUUUUGAACAUUGGUUAUGUUCUGUUGUUUAGUAUGCUGCAGCACCUCAAAAUAAAAAUAAAACCACAGAGAACAUU